UCCCCUUUUUCCUCAUUAGGCUCCAUCCGCAUCGCCAUUCCCCAGCGCCUCCUGCUAGCUUGGAAGCUCGCCGCUUUUGCCCGCGUUCGAGGCAGCAGAGAGCUGCUUGAGCAGGUCUCGUAUAGAGAGACUAUCAUGAUCGCCGCAAGCCUGCUUACAUCCCGCCUUCGACAAAUCGAGAAGGUGCUGCUGAGUUCCCCGACUGCGCAAGAACUUGGGCGAGCGCUUUUGCUACUCCGCCUUUCUCUUUUACUCGCUCUUUUUCCG